AUGUCACCAUAUGAGGCACUAUUUGGUUGUAAAGUCAAGGUUGGGCUUAGUACAUCAAAUUUACCGAAAGAAGUAGUCGACAAUUUAGAAAAUGAAGAACAAUUACUAGAAAUAUUUGAAAAAAAUGAACUUCAAUAUGAUGAUCCAAUACUUCCCGAUAAUAGCAAUCAUUAUGAAAAUAUCCAAGAAAAUUCAAUUCAAGAUACAAUUCCUACAAUUCAAUCAAAUAACGCGAAUGCCAUGGAUAAUCGAAGAAAGGCUAAAGAAAAUCUUGAAAAUCAGGCAGUUAAAAUGAAAACAUGGUCAGAUAAAAAACUUAAACCGGCUGAAGUAGGUGCUACAGUUAGAGUUCCAGUUCCCGAUGUGGACAAAGGUCGCGGAGAUGCUCGAAAUAUUUUAGCUGUUGUUAUAGAGGUAACAGUUGAUGGGUAUUAUAGAUUAGGGACUAAGGAAGGGCUUUUAAAAUCUUUAUAUUCAAGGUCUCAAUUUUCAAUAUGCCAAAAAAAUUUAAUAACAAUUGACCAAGUUCCAAGAGAAAAUACAUUUGCUUUACGCACAAUUGCAACUCAACAAUCUACAGGAACUGGACAAGGUUUUAUAAAAUGCACAUGCAAGACAAAGUGUCAAUCCAAAAAAUGUUUGUGCGUAAAGAAUAAUAUUUUAUGCAGUUCGAAAUGCCAUUCAUCAUCUGUAUGCUGUAAUAAAUGA